UUGCGCAGGCGUCAUGGGCGGAGAAAGGGUCCGGUUCCAGGAUUAGUUGCGCAGGCGCAGGGAAGGGUCCGUUUUGGCGGGCGGUUGGCGUUGCGCAGAAGGCGGCGGCAGCGGUGGCCUGUGGUGCGGCCUCACCACAGAGGAACAGGGCGGCCGUUAGUGUGAGUGAUCGCUCUCGAUCCCGGGUUCUUUGGAGCUGUGCAGCCGAAGAGUUUGACUGGCGAGUGUGUAGGCCAAUUGGGUCUGCCUCGAGCUGCCGAGUGAUCGGCCCUUGGGCCAUCGGAAUGUGGGAGGCGGGUUUUCCCCUCCUGAGCAGCGUCUCACUGAGCCAAUGAGCACGAAGCGCGCGGAACCCGGUGGCCUUAGUCCUUCAGGUGGAACAGUGUGCGACAUGGGAAAGAAAACCAAGAGGACAGCUGACAGUUCUUCUUCCGAGGACGAAGAGGAGUAUGUCGUGGAGAAAGUGUUAGACAGGCGUGUGGUUAAGGGGCAAGUGGAAUAUCUGCUGAAGUGGAAAGGCUUUUCCGAGGAGCAUAAUACGUGGGAACCAGAGAAAAACUUGGAUUGCCCUGAACUAAUUUCUGAGUUUAUGAAAAAGUAUAAGAAGAUGAAGGAGGGUGAAAAUAAUAAACCCAGGGAGAAGUCAGAAGGUAACAAGAGGAAAUCCAAUUUCUCGAACAGUGCUGAUGAUAUCAAAUCCAAGAAAAAGAGAGAGCAAAGCAAUGAUAUUGCACGGGGCUUUGAGAGAGGGCUGGAACCAGAAAAGAUUAUUGGAGCAACAGAUUCCUGUGGUGAUUUAAUGUUCCUGAUGAAAUGGAAAGACACAGAUGAGGCUGACCUGGUUCUUGCAAAAGAAGCUAAUGUGAAGUGUCCACAGAUUGUGAUAGCAUUUUAUGAAGAGAGACUGACGUGGCAUGCAUAUCCUGAGGAUGCGGAAAACAAAGAGAAAGAAACCGCAAAGAGCUAAAGCAGGGGGUGGUCUCUGUCAUUUCUCUUUGUACAUAAUCCAUUCACCUCCCUGCCUCCUCUCCCUUCUACCCAACCCCUUUAUCCUAAACACAUCCAUAAAAAUGUGCUUAUCACUGUGCUCCGCAGGAGAAA